GAUGGAACUUGGCUUGGAAGAGAAAACGGAGCAACCUGAGACUGCUGUUUUCAAUAGAGAUGUGUCCUCUGAACUCAGCUCCUCCUCAGAUCUACUGAAUUCAGUUGUAGAAGAGAAGGAGCACCUGCAGGUCUACCUCCGUAUUCGUCCCUUCACUGCUGCGGAGAGCUACACUGGAGAGGCGCAGGAUUGUGUGACCAUAGAGUCUACAGACACUGUUCUGGUCAAACCUCCGGUCUCCUGUCAGGCUGUGAGGCAGAGCACAGCUGGGACUGAGCGCCCCCUGCUGCAGACCGGACAGCGCUUCCAGUUCUCCCAGGUGUACGGGCCGGACACUACACAAAAGCAGCUGUAUGAUGGCACAGUGAAGGACCUGGUCAAAGAUGUUCUGACCGGGGGAAACUCUCUGGUCUUCACCUAUGGAGUCACCAACGCAGGCAAGACCUUCACCUUCUUAGGGCCAGAGGCAGAUGCAGGCCUCCUACCCAGAGCUCUGAGCACCAUCUUCAACAGCAUCGAGGAGCAUGUCUACAGUGACAUCUCCAUCAGACCACACCGCUGCAGAGAGUUCACCAGACUCACCAAGGAGCAGCAGGUGGAGCAGAUCCUGCUCAAGAGAAGCCUCUUCAAGCAGAGCAGAGAGGUCGACAGGAACACUACUCUGCUAAACUCCACCAUAAAGACACACCAUGAAGGCUCUUUAGUUGGGACAGCAGUCACAUCAGAUGACAGGAUCAGUCUGGACUUGGGGGAGCACACCAAGUUCUCCGUGUGGGUGUCCUUCUGUGAGAUCUACAACGAGAACAUCCAUGACCUACUGGAGGCGCUACCAAGUAGCACCCAGAAGAGAACUGCUCUAAGGCUGUCGCAGGACGUCAAGGGACACAGCUUUGUCAAAGAUCUGCGCUGGGUGCACGUGGACACCGCUGAGGAGGCCUACAGAGUGCUCAAACUGGGUAAAAAGAACCAGAGCUUCUCCUCCACCAAACUCAACCAGCUCUCCAGCAGAAGCCACAGUAUUUUCUCCAUUCGCAUUCUGAAGAUUGAAGAUGUUGGGACACCGAGAGUAUCCGCCAUCAGCGAGCUUUGUCUAUGUGACCUGGCUGGAUCAGAGAGAUGUGCCAAAACCCAGAACAAAGGGGAGCGUCUGAAAGAGGCCGGGAAUAUUAACUCCUCACUCCACAUUCUGGGGAAAUGCAUUAACGCUCUGAGACACAACCAACAAGCAAAACUGCUCCAGCAUGUUCCGUUCCGGGAGAGUAAGCUGACACACUACCUGCAGAGCUUCCUCUGUGGGCGGGGACGAGCCUGUAUGAUCGUCAACAUCAACCAGUGCGCCUCCAUGUAUGAUGAGACACUCAAUGUGCUCAAGUUCUCUGCUGUAGCUCAGAAGGUGGUUGUGUUGAACUCCAAAAACCAGCAGCUGCUGCCAGAGCGCUCCUCCACUGAAGCGUCCUUUCUGCUGGACAGUGAAGAGCAGCCCAAGAGGAGAAGGAGGAGCUCUGUCAGUGUGUGGGACACCAGCCUGGAAGAUGUACAGGAGGAUGAGGCAGACGAGUGCGAGGACAGUCUGAUGGACACCACACAGUGCAGCAGUCUGGAGGGGACUGCCGAACAUGAUAAGAUCCUCAUUUCUAAAAAGACCUACCAGAAUCAGAUGGCGCUGUUGGGACAUCUGCAGGUCCAGCUCAAACAGGAGCUGGCUGAGAGCCUGGCGAUGGAGGCCAGGAUCAGAGACGAAAUCAGCAAAGAAUUCUCCCAGAUCUUCUCUGAGAUGCAGAAGGACUACGAUGACCGUCUGGCACGGGAGAGGGAGAUCCUGGAGGAGCGAGCAGAAAAACGUCUGGAGAUCUUCAAGGACCUCAGCCAGAAGAUGUCCAGAGAAAGCCACUACCAGGACCGCAGCGCCAUGGACCCGUUCUCUGCCGAAAUGGCAGAGAUGGAGAGUUACCCUGAUGCUUACCUGACCGGCGCCUUGGACGAGAGGAGUCAUGCCUUUGAACGGCUGGAGGAGCAGGUCUCAAAAUACGCAGGUGAGAGCAGUACACAGUACGGGGACAGGGCGGCGCUCAUGAGCCAGCUGCAGGAGCGGAGCCUCCAGGUCUCCACUUUGGAGAAACAGGUGUCCCAGCUGCAGAGGGCACUGGAACAGAGGGCACACAGCCACAACUCAGCCCAUGAGCAGGGCACUGCGGAGCAGCUCCAGCAGGCACUUGCAGCCGUAGAAAAGGAGAAGCAGGCCAGGGAGGAAGCUCUGGCUGCGCUGGAGUAUCAGACGGUGGGGAGAGUGGAGGCCCUGGCUUCCCUGGAGGUGGAGAGGAAAGCCCGGGAACAAGCCCAGUCUACCCUCAGCGAGCUCCAGAAGACCCACCGGGACAUGUCCAGAGCUUUGGAGGAAGAGAAGAGGGGUAAGGACAGCAUCCGGGCCGCUCUAGAGGAGGAGAAACGUGCCAAAGAGGAGAUGAUGGCCUCCCUCAGAGAAGAGAGGAGACGUAGCCAGGAGGCCAAGGUUCGAGACGACAGACAGGAUCACAAGAUGGAAGAGCAGUUAGCCUCUCUGACUGAGAAGAACAAGGCCAGGCAGAAAGAGUGUGAGGAGCUGCAUGUGGAGGUGAAGGAGCUCAAGAACAAACUGCAGGCCACAGAGAAGAAGGUGUCCUCUGAAACUGAGCGAGGCGAGAAGGUCUCCGCAGAGCUCCGAGCCGCUCAGACUAAACUGGACAAACUCUCUUCUGAAGUCAAGGACAAAACACACCAAAUCCAGUCUCUCACCCAGGAAGUGGACAACGUCAAACAGGAACUCCAAACCUCCGUCGCCUCCUCCAGCCUGUCCAUCAACCUGCUCAAAGACGAAAUAUCCGAGCUCCGUGCCACCUUAGCCUCGGAAAAGGAGAAUAACAAAAGGAAAACCAACCAAAUCACGCAAAUGGAAAAGGAACUGGCUAGCGCUAAGGAGCAGUUAGCAAUGGAGAAGCUAAUGUCUGAGCAGAAGCUAGCUGAGCUCAACGACAAACUUCGGCGACAAUCGGCAUCCAAAGAGGAAAUCGAAAAUUUAAAGAAAAAGCUCGCAGAGAAAGACCAAUCUCUGCAGCGCCCUCUAGACGACCUCAAGGCUAAUCUGGAACUGCAAGAGAAGGAGAAAAAACAGCUUAGAGCUAAACUAGAGGACGAAAAACUAAAUAUGGAAAAGACUAAAGAAAAAAUGUUAGAACAAGAUGCUAAUGCCAAAAAGCAGUUGGAGGCACUGCAGAAACAACUUGACGAGCAACAGGCGGAAUCCGAUCAGCUUCUGUGCGACGCAAAACUACAGUUGUAUGAGCAGCAAGAAAUAGCAGACAAGCUAAGAGCCGACCUGGAACUCGCUAACGGUAAAUGCUCCGCUCUCCAAGAUUACAACAAGCAGACCGACGACCAAGCUGGCAGAGUUCGAGAAAUGGAGAGAUUGUUGGAGGAAAAGGACAAAGUGCAUAAAGAGAAGCUAGCUGAGUCGGUGAGGAGAAGGGAGAGUAUGCAGAAGAAGCUGGAGGAGAGGGAAAAGGAGGUGGCUGCACUGCAGAGGAGCCUGGACCAGCGGGAGCAAGCGGAGAGCCAGGCGGUGCAAGAGACGCGCCGCAAGGAGGUGGAGAGGAGGAGGGAGUUACUGGCCAAAGCGGAGGAGGCCAUCGCUCAGAAAGACGCCGAGCUGGAGAAGAAGAGCAUGGAGAUCACCAGGCUGAAGCAGAGUUCACAGCAGGACGUGGACAGAGUUCAGAGUCUCAGCACGGAGCUUCGGAGGCGAGAGGAGCACGGCAACGAGCUUCAGGAGAAACUGGCCGACUAUAAGAAACAGAUACAGCAGGUCCAGAAAGAGAUCUCUUCCAUGCGUGAGGAGGAGAGGGGCCUGAAGCAGAGGCUGUCUGACUUGGAGAAGUCCAAGAAGCAGCUUCAGACCGACUUGGCCAACAGAGACCGCACCAUUCUUAACCUCAAGAUGGAACAAUCAUCUCACAGCAAGUCAGACCAGACACAGGAACUUUACCAAAAUGCAUCUAAGGAGCUGGAAGCCAAAAACCAAAUCAUUGAAAACAUGCGGCUGGCUCUGUCUGAGCAAGAGGAGACCCAGGAACAAAUGGAGCAUGUCAUGGAGGAGAAGGACCACCGCGUCCAGGAACUGACUAAUGAGGUGGAUAAACUCAAAAAUCUGUUGCUGAGAAAAGAGGGCCCCAGCGGACAUCAGCCGGACAACUCUUCUCAUGAGCUCAGAGUGGCGAAGGAGGAGGCGACCCAGUCUCAAGAAAACCUGAGGGUUUGCUUGGAGAAACACCGGACCGAGCGUAAGGCCUGGAUGGAGGAAAAGCUGUCUCUGAUCGGACAGGCCAAAGAUGCGGAGGACCGGAGAAACCAGGACAUGAGGAGGUUCGCUGAAGAUAGGGAGAAAUACCAGCGGCAGCAGAGCCAAGUGGAGUCUCUGUCCUCCCAGCUGUCCCAGAAGGAGCAGACUAUGGAGCAGUGGAGGAAGGACAGGGAUACGCUGGUGUCUGCUCUGGAAGUCCAACUCCAAAAACUCCUCUCCAGCCAGGCUCAGAAGGACAAACUCAUCCAGGAACUGCAGCAGAGCACGCCCCAGGCACCACCAGAGGCUGGUGACGGGGUCAGUGUGGCAGAGCUCCAGGCCGCUCUGUCUGAACGAGAGGCGGAGAUUCAUAGGCUGAAAGAGGAGCUCCAGGCUGCACAAACACAGGGGGACAACAAGCAGAUUAAGAGCAGUGAGAGUCCCGAAAGUGAAGCUCUCGUCCGCAAGUCCCGAGGCAGGAGGGACACCAGGACCUCUGUGAUCAGUCAGAGCUCAGCCAGUUGCCCAUCGGUGCUGGACUCCUCUGAGAUCUCCACAGACAACGGCCGGACCAGCCGCUUUCCCAAACCCGAGUUGGAGAUCUCCUUCAGUCCCCUGCAGCCCAACCGCAUGGCCCUCAGAAGACAGGGCGAGGAAAGCGCUGUCACAGUGAAGAUAACCCGCUCCGCACGAAAGAGGAAGAGCAACGAGAUGGACAAGAAUCAUAUUUUUAGAAGGAGCAAAAGACGAGCAACACUGCAGGAGGAGGUGGAGGCGGAGAACCGGAGGAACACUCGCACCAAAGUGACGCCAAAGCUGACCCCACACCAAGAGGAGAAGCCGAGUGCAUACGGUCGCCAUGACUCCCAGAGCAGCCUGCGCAGUAGGAAAGAGGGCACGCUGCAGAAGAUUGGGGACUUCCUCCAGAGCUCUCCCACUCUGCUGGGCUCCAAAGCAAAGAAAAUGAUGGGUCUGGUGAGUGGGCGGGACAUGGACCCCUCUGGCUCCUCCCCCUCUCUCAGAGGCAAGAAGAAAAAGAGGAACCUGUACCGGCCCGAGAUCUCCUCCCCCAUGGACAUGCCCCCCCACCCGAUCAUUAGCCGAGAGCCGGAGGAGAAGGAGAGCGACCAUCAGAUCAUUAAACGAUGUCUGCGCUCACGGGUGGUCAAAUAAAACUGCAAACAAA